AUCUGUUGUUUUGUUUCGUGUUAAAAGUUAUAAUGGCGGAUCUGCUCCGGUAGCGAAUAGCAAAUAGGGUUGCUUUGUCGUUGUCUCGGCCCAUCUCGGUUCUGGCCCAUGUGGAGCCCGUUUCACCGUCUCUGAACAUUUGAUGUCGCCCGUCUUCGCCCCCUUCCGACUCGGUUCAAGUUCCGCUCAGAGCUCUUCUUCGUCGCCGUGAGAAACGAGGCGACGGCACGCGCUUCGGCUUCUCACCGUUUUCAAUUUCUCCAAUUUCCGUUUCAAACACCCAGCCCUUUUCUCAGUUUUAGGGACCCGUUCCCACUUUUCUGUCAAGUCGUCCACCGUCUCUCGUUCGGUAUCUCGACAUGGCCGACCUGGACGAUUUCUUCGCAAAGAAGGACAGGAAAAAGUCGAAGGGCAAGAAAUUCGCGACAGCCGAUGAAAUUGCGAAAAAACUCGAAGAAACAGGGAAGAGGACGGAAAAGCUGAAAAAGGAAAAACUCCAGACAUCCCAGCUCGGCAGUCAGGAGGUCGACGAACAAGGAAACACCGUUCAAGAUGAAGAUGAAUGGAGGGAGUUUGAAGAAGAGAAGAAGGAUUAUAGCGGACUUAAAAUACAGAAUCUUACUUUAGCCGAGUAUGACAGCAUGGACGAAGGCGGUUCUGGAGGUGAAGGGGAAGAUGAGGGUGGAAUGGAGGAGAACGAAGCGGGAGAGCUAGUGCCUAAAAAGAAAAAUGGACCUUGGAGAGUCGUUCCGAACCCGGCCGCAGGCGAUGACGGGAACACAGAAGAAUCCACACCGAAUCAAGCUCCGCCACCGACUCAAAACACAGGGAGCUACGUUCCACCAGCUUUGAGGAAUCUUGCAUCAAAACAACAACAAAUGCCAUUCAAUGCAUGGUUACGACGAAAAAUAGCUCCCGAUGUUAGAAGUGAAGAACUGUUUCCUACUUUAUCAGCUGCCAAUACUCAGGAAUCAGCCGUUUCUUCUUCUUGGGGAAAAAGAAAAGGCAAAGAUGAAUUUAGUUCAGGUGCAGGUGGAUUUGAAGAAGUGAAAAAUUCUAGGUCGCAUACAGCUAAGUAUGAACCAUUUCUCACUGCCCCUGCCAGAGGAGAUUCGUUGGCAUUGGGCAACAAGUUCGGAGCUCUUGACAGCGAAUAGAGCUGAUUCCACACCGGCCAGACAUAAUUUACCAAUUGCCUCGGAAAAAAAAAUCUUGUUUCUCCCUCAUGUAACUUUUUUUCUGGACAUUUAUACGUAUCAAGCAAAAGUUCUUUGGUUCUAGUUAUUUUUUAUUUUGUAAGAGCAAAAAAUUGAGUCUGGUUGAAACGACGAUUGUUAAAUAAAAUCCUCAAUUAAAAAUGUUUAUUUACAAAUAAAAGUCCUACAUCAAUGUAAUAGUUUAUUGUAGGAUUAAUUGUGUAAUAUAUGCAUUUAAAUCAUACACGUGUAUAUAUUUUGUUAACGAAAUACGAUAUUCAUCAGUAUGACUGUUUUUUUUUUCUCUCUCUUAUUUAUGUGUACUGGAUCACAUAACUAAAAUGAGAUAACUGUAGAAGGACACAGUCGAACAUUUAUUUUCAAAUUUGCUAUAUAUUUUAUUUUUCUUUCUGUUCAAAUGUAUUUUGCCCUGUUCUUCAUUUUAAAAAGUAAUGGGAUUUUCAAAAUUUUUGUUUGAUGAGAAUGAAUUUAUUUUCUAUGAUCAUUAAACGCUCAACAUUAAACAAACAACAGCACAAACAGA